GUACAUUUUACAAUUCGUAGUUCGGUCUAUUUAGUUAGUGUCCGUACCGUACAAAACUUGAAUAAAUAGUUGAUUGAAGGUUGUUUUAGCAAAAGUUUACAAAAAUUAUUAUUCGUAAGCCCGCUUAGAAAAACUUUUAGCAGUAUGGGAGUACCAGCAUUUUUUCGCUGGUUAUCAAGAAAGUAUCCCUCUGUCAUUGUAGAAUGCGUGGAACAAAAGGCUACCGAUGAUGAAGGUAAUGUUCUCUACGAUGAUAUGUCUAAGCAAAAUCCCAAUAAAGUAGAGUUUGAUAACCUGUAUUUGGAUAUGAAUGGAAUCAUCCAUCCAUGUACACAUCCGGAAGACAAACCAGCUCCAAAGGACGAGGAUGAAAUGAUGGUAGCAAUAUUUGAAUGCAUUGACCGUCUGAUGAAUAUUGUUCGACCAAGAAAACUACUGUACAUGGCCAUUGACGGUGUAGCUCCACGGGCUAAAAUGAAUCAGCAGCGUUCCCGGCGUUUUCGAGCGUCUAAGGACACAGCAGAAAAAGCUGCGGAAAUUGCGAAAAUACGAGAAGAACUCACGAGUAAAGGAUGUAUUUUGCCUCCUGAAAAAGAAAAAGGAACUCAUUUUGAUUCUAACUGUAUUACGCCCGGCACUCCUUUUAUGGACAGGUUAAGUAAAUGCUUGCAAUACUACAUACAUGAUCGCAUGAAUAACAAUACAGGUUGGAAGGGACUUAAAAUAAUUUUGUCUGAUGCGAAUGUGCCAGGAGAAGGAGAACAUAAAAUUAUGGAUUACAUUCGGAAACAGCGAGCCCAGCCCGACCAUGAUCCUAACACCCAUCAUGUGCUGUGUGGGGCAGAUGCCGAUCUAAUUAUGCUGGGACUUGCUACUCAUGAAACACAUUUCACAAUUAUUAGAGAAGAAUUUCUGCCAUUUAAGGAACGCCCUUGCGAUAUUUGCCAGCAAAUGGGACAUGAAAUGAAGGAUUGUGCUGGAUUACAGUCCGAGCGUGACUUGAGCCGAUCACCACCCCCUCCAGGAAAAGAGACACAAUUUAUUUUUGUUCGAUUGAAUGUACUAAAGGAAUACCUUCAGAAAGAGCUGGAAAUGCCGAAUCUUCCGUUUACGUAUGACUUUGAGCGAGUAAUUGACGACUGGGUAUUCAUGUGUUUUUUUGUCGGAAAUGAUUUUCUACCCCAUUUACCCAGCUUGGAAAUUCGCGAGAAUGCAAUUGAUCGUUUAGUUACUCUGUACAAAAAAUGUGUUUAUAAAACUAAAGGUUACCUGACAGAUUCCGGCAGUGUCACGUUAGAUCGGGUAGAACUAAUUAUGACUGAUUUGGGAUACGCUGAGGAUGAAAUUUUCCGCAAUCGCAAAGUUUCCGAAGAUCGCUUUAAGGAACGAAACAAGCGCAUGAAAUUGCAGAAGGAACGUGAGCAGCGACCCAGUUUUAAUCAAAUCAAUAACUCUCAAUUUGCUCCCACGCCGUUAGGAAGAGGGAUCACACCUCAGGCGAUUGUUAAUCCACGACAGGAAGCAGCACAUUUUCGUAUGCAAGGUUCUAAUCAACAGCGUCAAAAUAAUGUUACUAGCGAUCAAAGCCACCGUGGACAAAAACGUAAAGCUGAAGAGCCUAUAAAUCGCGCAGCUGAAGAAGAGGAGGAGACUCCCGAUGAGGUUCGUCUUUGGGAAGACGGUUUUAAAGACCGUUACUAUGAGUCCAAAUUUGAUGUAAUGCCCAAUAACGUCAAGUUUCGACAGACUGUGGCUUGGGAGUACGUUCGUGGUCUGUGUUGGGUACUUAAAUAUUAUUACCAGGGUUGUGCAAGUUGGGAAUGGUACUUUCCAUACCAUUAUGCUCCGUUUGCAUCCGAUUUUAAAGGGCUUACCAACGUCAAUACACAUUUCGACAUCGGAACUCCAUUCAAACCAUUGCAGCAGUUAAUGGGAGUGUUUCCGGCGGCUAGUAGAAGUCAUGUACCAGCGCCGUUUGCCGAGCUGAUGGUCGAUCCAAAAUCACCGAUUAUUGAUUUUUAUCCUAUCGAUUUCCAUAUUGACUUAAAUGGGAAAAAGAUGGCCUGGCAAGGAGUGGCACUGUUGCCUUUCGUCGACGAAAAAAGAUUAUUCAAGGCAACUGAUCCAAGAGUGCCGCAGUUGACACUAGAAGAACGAUUACGGAAUGAAAACGGUUUGGCUAGGUUGUAUUUAUCGCCUGGCCCGGAAACGUACAAGCUGGUAAAAAACAUGUAUAGUGGUGAUGUCGACUAUGAGCGUGAAGUUCCCCUUCUGGUAGAUUGUGUUCAAUGUCUAAUAAUCCCAACCAAGGAGAAUGUGAAACCGGAUGGAGUGCUACCAUCGCCAAUUCCCGGUUUGCAUCCGGUGUGCGAGAACAGUGUAUUGACAGUCAAAUUUCUUGAUCCGAAAUAUGCCGAUGGAUUCGUUUUUCCCGCUCGAAAGUUAGAGGGAGCCCGCGAUCAGCCGAAGGUUUUGGGUGCAAACGAAGGGCCCGUGGUUGGAUUUGGCCCACGAACAGAUCGUGCUAGGUUGGGCAAUGCAGGCCAUAGAAUGAUGAAUCACUAUACCGGUGCUAACGACAGAGGCGGCGGGAUCGGACGAGGUGGAAAUAACAACUUCAACAGGGGCGGAAAUAAUGCCGUUGCCGGGAAUAGCAGGACAGGAGAAACCAGCUCGUUUGACGGUGGCAGCAACAAUUCGAACAGGAAUUCUGCAUAUCCUCCCAAUGUCAAUCGUAGUAGUGGCAGCGGAGGAAGCUCUGGUAUGAGCGUAUUCGAGCAGUUAAGUAGCCGAAUCAAUCAGUACCAGCAAGAGGUAAUGAGUGAGAUUUCACGAAAUGCGAAUAAUUCAGGCGUGAUGCUGCCAAACCCGUUUGCUAAUCAGAUUCGAUAUGAUUACAACUCAGCGAAUAAUUCUAACGGUGGUGGUUAUCGAAAUCGUGGUUACAAUCAUAGCCAACAGAGGGGUAGAAACACCCAUGGAAAUUUUCAUGGGGGUAAUCAAUUCCAACAGAGAAAUCAAGGGGGCGUAGGGGCUCAUAGAAACAAUAAUUUUAAUCAAGGAAGCGGGAAUAACAAUCGUUUUGGAUCAAAUAAUUCUAAUCGGUUUAACAACAGCAGACGAAAUUACUAGAUAUAGUUGUUCAACCACAAAAGAAUGCCAGUGAAUGAUUAGCAUAAAUACGAUGCUAUAAUUUCACAUAGUGCGUUUUUUCCGUUUUUAUAAGAAACCAACCUGCCGCUAAAUAUGCCCUAUAAGACAGUUUAGUACAUUGCAAUAAGUAGUAGUUUCACAAAAGUGGGACACAUUUAUCAGAAAAAAAAAACAAAUUUUCAGCUACAUUACAGUGACUCCUAAUAAAUGAAAGUUUAAUUAGAACUGCUAGAUAAUAUUGGCGAAUGUCAAAAUGAAUCAUGUUUACGCAUAAUUUACUUUGUGAAAAAAGAAUAAAGAAGCAAAAUUG